GGUAGGGAAGCUAUCUGACCUGGAAAACAACCACAAACAUUUUGAAUUUUACUGCAAAAAAAUACCAAAGCUGUAAAUUCACGUGGUAAAUUUUUCCACUAAGGGCAACAUCAACUAUCAUCAAGCAGUCCUCUUUAUUUCUGCAGACACCCGAUAAACAGGAUCUGCCAUCUGUCUUGUUAAUUGGGAAUUUAAAACUAGGCCUAAAUGAUGGAGAGGUCAGAUGUUAUUUGGUGCCAUCAAAGGAAAACGCUCCGUAGCACUUCAAAUUGAAGGUGAAUACAUUCUGCAGAGUCAGCCUGGAGCCAGCAGUCUGCCAGAAGUUAAGGACCGACUAUUUGACCUCCCUCCCCCUCUCCGUGCUCCUGUCCGAACCCCCCGGCUGAUCAGCAUGACAAAACACUGGUGGGAGCAGAGCCUCUUGGCACUACCCUCUCUGUCCCACCUUGGAGAACACCACGACAAUCAACUUGACUUCCACAGAAAUGCGCUGCAGAGUUUUCCUCCCCGCGGCGUAGCGCGGAGCACUCCAACCCAGCACUGGCCUCAACACCCGGCCCAGAUGGUUCCCCAGCAGCAGUCGCGUUUGGAGAAGCCCGCAGCGCUGCCCGAACAACUCACCAGUGCCACGGCAUUCAUGGAUAAAGCCGUACCACCGGGCUCAUCAUACCCGAAUCCGCAAGAUGCCAGCAACAAACGGGAAACUGUUAACCCGGAAUCGUGGAACAAUGACCGGGAGAAGAGUAGCAGCAGCGCUGGGAAGAAAAAGAACUAUCAGCGGUAUCCAAAACCACCUUACUCGUAUCUUGCUAUGAUUGCUAUGGUCAUCCAGAGGUCCCCAGAGAAGAAACUGACGCUAUCUGAGAUCCUCAAGGAGAUCAGUACUUUAUUCCCAUUCUUCAAAGGAAACUACAAGGGCUGGCGGGAUUCUGUGCGACACAAUCUCUCCUCUUAUGACUGCUUUGUGAAGGUGCUGAAGGACCCAGGGAAGCCUCAGGGCAAAGGCAACUUCUGGUCGGUGGAGUUGAGCCGUGUUCCUCUGGAGCUCCUCAAGAGGCAAAACACGGCUGUAUCGCGGCAGGAUGAGACCAUCUUUGCCCAAGAUCUGGCCCCCUAUAUCCUGCAGGGACACAAGCCAGAAUCGGUGCCUCCCUCUGCCGCUGUCCCAGCCCUCCCUCCUAUGUGUUCCACAAACCCCUCCCCACCGCAGGAGGAUUUGUUCCGACCCAGGCUGGACUCGUCCUUCGCCAUCGACUCUCUGCUACACAGCCUGCGGCCACCUAGUGCCUCUGAGGAUAUGGAUGUGUCUACCAGCGACUGCUGGGGCAAGGUGGAGCGCCCUCACUCUUCGCCACCUCCACGACCCCGCUACGCCUCCUCUGCCCGUAGUGCUUCGGCCAGCUCUGCGAGCCCGGCCUCCACCUCCUCCUCCUCUGAUGAGGAAUGGAAAGGGAUGUCCCUUUCUGGCAAGCGUAUUCCUCUUGAUGGUGAAGCUGGGUCAGAUGGUUAUGAGGACUUCAGGCCGCCACUGCACAAGUUGGCCCGACGGGAGACUGUUGCACCGCCAUGGGAGCUCCCUACCUCCUACGCCAAAUACGCUCCCCCCAAUGCUGUUGCCCCACCCAGCAUGCGGUUCAACGGAGGUCCUCUAAUGCCACUGCAUAGUGGACUUCCCAUUUACGGCUAUAGUGGCUCUCCCGUGGCACCUAGUCACUUCUUAAGUCAUGCCUAUUGGCCCAUCCUCCCCAGUGGACGUGUUUCUGUCCAAGCCCCUCCCCUCAUCAUGGACCUGGACAACAUGUUGCAAUCUGUGCCUCCAAAUAAGAGCGUGUUUGACGUUUUAGUACCAACCAAUCAAAACUCUCAUUCACAUCAUCAACCACCCAGUCAGUACACCCUGCAGAAUGGGCCUCCCCUAAACAGGUACCCUCAGUACUGACUUACUCUGAAAUACUGACUCCUUUUACUUUAACUGAACCAUACUGUCACUCAAACACGCACAGAUGGGAGGGAGGUUUAAUCACAACCUCCAGCUCAAGAGUUGUUCACAGCUUAUUAUGCAAAAGGUCACUGAACUACACACAGCAUAAGGAAUGGAUUCAGGUUUUUAGCAAGCUGAAAUGUCAGUGAUUCAAAUACCCUCUUGUUUCUCAUCAUUUUGUGGAGUAUUACCUGGAGAAAAUGGACCUCAAACAGCUAUACAACAAAACAAGUAUCUACCUCAGUCUUUCAAGGAAAUGGAGUGUGUAUUACUACAGGCUCUUUGCACUGACUGUCUUAUUUGUACAGCUUUUUAUUGCCAUGAAUUUGCUUCCUUACACACAUGUCUACCUGUUGUGGCCGCUGAAUGUAUUGUUGGAUAUAAUCUUGAAUUUUACAGUUAUGUGAAAAACCAACUGUAGAUGGUACGUACAGUAUAUUGUGUCAAAUUAUUUUUUUUUACUGUUUUUCCUGACAGCAUUUUAAACAGAAUAUAGGAUUAUUUGGUAAAUAACUAGCAUCAUUUCAGUGGAAACAUCUAUUUUUCCUUGCAUGCACACAGAAAUAUACAGAACAAGUCGUUUACCUUCAUUUA